AUGAACGCAACACAACGGGUCCGCGUAGGCCAAUUACCAGACAUUGCGCGACUAUGCCUGCGACAAGUUCAUGGAGGAAAGCGGCCCCCGAAUCCCAUGGCCUUUCAGGGGCCCGAGGGCCACGGCGAGAACAUCUGGGUGUUCACCCAUCGCAGGACGGAACAAGUCAUUUACAGCUUAUAUGCCACGUUAGAAGGAUUCCGCGACAUGAAACAGUUGACCUACAAUGGCAAGAAGACGAAGCCUGCCAAGCUGCGGAAGGACUACUGGGCACCCAUGGCCAAGAUUGAGCUUCCCCAGGGGGCUGGCAAAGUCGGACGCACGGUAUUCCAGAAGCUGCGCGAGCUGAAGCACCUGCACGAGGUCUCUUGGGGCGACAGCCUGUUCUACAAAACGCCACUCGAGUAUACCGAAAACCAGAAGAAGGCGGCCGCCAAGCGCGCUGCUGAGAACGGGCCCGAAAUACGCUUCCCGCGCACCAAGGCCGAGCGAGGCAGGGCCCUCAACGCGCAAAAGGCAAACUCGGUCGCCGACAUUGCUGUCGUGCUGAGCGGUGCCGGUGCGGGCAACAAAAUCAAGUAUUCGACGGAAGAGGAUGGUCCCAAAAAGCUGCUGGAAGUAAAGGUCAACUGGUCCAACAUCCAGGAUACGGGUUACGCGAAAAAGUGGACUUCCAAUGUCAAGCACUCCAAGAUGGUUGAACCGGUCGUGGCUCGGAGACGGAAAGAACCUCCUGUGGAUGAGAUGGAGCUUCUCGCGCAAACGGAAGCUGCGGUAUGA